UCACUUCACUGUAUUUUGCUGAACGACAUUGCGUGAAGGUACACAAAAACAGAAAACACAAGAAAUUAUACGAAAAGUUCACACUAAAGUAGUGUGAACCAAUAGACUGCCUGUAGAAACUGCAUAAUUAAACAGGAAGCAGAUUUCAAACGCUUCCGCCGUCGACAAGAAUAUUACUUACGAAUAUUCUAAGAUUGCAGCGACAUUUUAACCUCAAAGUAAAAUCAAUUUGACAGGUCAGGCAUAAUUGUUCUGGCAUGGCUUCGCAGGAUGAGGAUUCGUCUUGUAACAGGAUUGGUCCAUGGAAAAACAAGGACGAAUUCAUCAACGUUUACAAUUGGUUGUUUGGUGGAAACUCUGACAAAAGCAGUAAAGAAAUGGCCAUGGAAAUGUUGACCGUUUGGAAAAUUCGACGACAAAAUCUAACGCCAGCCAGUGUACUAAGUACUAUGGAAAUUUUGGCCGUGCAACUGCGAGAUGAUCCACCACAAACGGACCGUACUGCUAUCAAAGAAUUGCAGACCAUUUACUCCAAUUCAUUUACUCGGUUCCUCAACUACAUGUCAUCCAUUACACAGGGACGCAACAUGAAAACUAUGUACAACACUGCGAAAGAGCUGGGAAUCCAAUCGUUUUUGGUUGAUUUACGACAUUUGUGCGCCCACGGUCAGGUCAUACCGUCAAUCGAUGUGUUUCGUCGUACAGCCAGCUAUUGCAUGAAAUGGCUGCACGAUUUUUAUUGGGAACAUGGUGUGAACAACUUUCACGACGUCUCUGCCCAAGAUGUUCGUAUGAAGGCGUCGAUUGAUUUUGAAAAUCAAAUGAAAUCUUUGGUCAAAGUGUACGAUGUCACUUGCGAGGCUCUGUAUCGAAAAUACAAAUUGGUCGGUGAAGUUGAAGGCAAUUUGGACGAUGGUAGUUACCAGUUGCUGGAGGAUUAUUCGUCAAAAUUUAAGCGGAACAAGCUGAACCUAAUUUUGGCGAAUGUAACAAAUGAAAUGACCGAGCUCACCAACCGAGAGAGUAAGGUUCGUGGUCAUGCACAGGUCUACAGCGAUAUUAUGUGCGAUUGCAAAUACUUCUUCGAAACGGCAAGUAAAUUCAAUAAUUUGGACGACGACAAUGGAAAGGUACCGAAGGCCGUGACGGAUUUCAUUGGACUGCAUCAAAAUUUGUUCCGUUCGAUGGCCGUGUGUGGCAUGAUUGACACAUUUUUCAAAGCUCUGAUCGACAUUUGCGAAAAUGACCACGAAAGCGACGUUCGUCGUUCGGGCGCUAGCUUUUGGACAAACAACAUCGUCGACGGAUUCACGUUGCUCAGGGACGUUAAGAGAGUGCUGAAGAAUCGAAAAGAAAAGAAUUCCGCAAGUAAUAUCGACCUGAAUCUGGUCAACACCAACGACAUGUCCGACGAGAUACGGAAAAUUUACAAAAGUUUGGGUGUAAACUGCGACGGAGUGUUGAUAUUCGGUGACACAGUUCAACGGCCAUGGGGUGUGGAAUUCGAAAAUGAUUUCAUCACCGAGCGAAUCUUGAAGGCUAACAAAUACACCAAGGAAAUGAUUGAAAAAGUUCGAAUUCUCUCCAAACGUGAAAUGGUCGACAAUCAACAGACACUCAUGGAAUGGAUAUCAAUUUACACCGACGAGUACGUAACGGAUAUGGACCUCAAAUCUGACCACUACAAAGGCAACGAACUGAAAUCAUUCGACGAUGAUUUCCAUGUCAACAGUCUGAUACCCGUUGGUGAAGUGAAACGAUACGGCAUUUGGUGUGAAGUUGAUGACGAUGUGGAUUGGACAACGUGUCCCAUCGGCCGUGUUCCGUGGGAAUAAGUCUAGUUGUCUACGGGGUACGUAAUGGAAUGAAAUGUAUGUUAAAUCAUAUUGAGAUCAACAAUAAAACUCGAACCUGAAAAUG